GGCUGCGGGCGCCGGGGGGCCAUGCGCCAGGCCGCGCCCGCAGCCCGGGGACCCGGUGCAACUCGCCGGGCAGCCUGAGGAGUUGGGGUGACCCGGGCUUGGCGCCUGGCCUCCUUUCUUACCCUUCGCCAGCCCCGUCCUACUCGGCCGUGGAAGAGAGGGCUCGGUACCCCAACCGCCAAGGAGUCCCGGUUCACCCCCGCCGGGCUCGUCCCCCCACCGAGCCGCACAACUUCCUGGGAGCCGGGGCCAAAGUGCGCGCAAAGUGCUGCCCAAGUUCCUGGGAUGGAGCUGCAGAGCCGGCCUGAGACGCUCGCCGUGGAACUCUCGCGCCACCAGAACGGCGACCUCAAGAAGCAGCUCCACGAAAGGCAGCCGCGGAUCGCAGCGCUCAGCGAUAAACAAGCUUUGGGAAGCAUCACUUCAGUGCCUGUCACGGGUCCUCAGGUCAGCUCCUUGCAGAGGUUGGCUGGGCAAGGAGCGGCCGUGCUACCUCAGGUUAGGCCAAAGACUCUGAUCCCAGACAGCCUCCCCGUUGCCCCAGGCAGGGACCGGCCACCCAAGCAGCCCCCGACGUUCCAGAAGGGCACUGUGGUCAGCAUCAAGAACCCUAGCCCAGCCCUUCCCACCGCCAACAACACUGUCAACCAUGUGCCGACACCCGGCAGCCAGCCCCAGGCCCUUGCUGAGCCCGCCGCCAUCACCUCGCCCCUGAGCAGCGCGGGGGUGGCCUACGCCAUCAUCUCCGCCUCCCCCAGCAAUGCCGCCGUGCCCGUGGUCAGUGACAGCAUCAAAGUGCAGCCCCUCCUCAUCAGUGCGGACAGCAAGGUCAUCAUUAUCCAGCCUCAAGUCCAGACACAGCCCGAGAGCUCAGCGGAGCCCCGGCCGUCCACAGAGGAGCCAUCUCAGGGAGCUCAGGCCACCAAAAAGAAGAAGGAAGACCGAGCUCUGAGCCAGGAGAACCCCGAGAAAAUCGCCUUCAUGGUAGCGCUCGGCCUGGUCACCACGGAGCACCUGGAAGAAAUCCAGAGCAAGCGCCAGGAGCGGAAGAGGAGAAGCACCGCCAACCCCGCCUAUAGUGGCCUCCUGGAGACCGAGAGGAAGCGGCUGGCCUCCAGCUAUCUCAACAACCCCCUGUUCCUCACAGCCCGAGCCAAUGAGGACCCCUGCUGGAAGAGUGAGCUCGAGCACGAUGAGCUUUGUGCAGCCUGCAGGCGGGGCUCCAACCUGCUGUGCUGCAGCGCCUGCCCAGGGUCCUACCACCUUGGCUGCCUGCACCCACCCCUCAAGACGGCACCCAAGGGCGGGUGGCUGUGCCCCAAAUGCCAGCAGAAGGCCUUAAAGAAAGACGAGGGUGUGCCCUGGACCGGCAUGCUGGCCAUUGUGCACUCCUAUGUCACACACAAGACCGUCAAAGAAGAGGAAAAGCAGAAGCUGCUGCAGCGGGGCAGUGAGCUGCAGAGUGAGCACCAGCAUCUGGAAGAGCGAGACCGGCAACUGGCCUCUGCUGUGAAGAAAUGCCUGGAGCUUAAGACCAGCCUGCUGGCCCGGCAGAGGGGCACCCAGUCUUCACUGGACCGCCUCCGGGCCCUCCUGAGACUGAUACAGGGCGAGCAGAUGCUCCAGGUCGCCAUGUCGACCACAAGCCCCACCCCACUGCUGGCCGGGCCCUGGACCAAGCCCUCAGCUGCUGCCAUGCGCUCCACCCUCCAGCACCCCCAGGACCACAAGUGACCCCAGGGACCUGUCUUUGUGCCCACGGAAAGUUACUGGGACCCUGCUCGUGCAACCUCGGGGUUCUGUUGGCCUUAAUUCAUAAACUCUAUGAAUUUCAGACAAAAAACCAGAUAGACCAAGGAGAGAAGGGAGAAGCCAGGCGAGCAUCCUAGAGCCAAGGCCAAGGGGAAGGGGCAACCUGCACCUUCCCAAUCCGGGGAACACCCGGAAGCCAGGUGGGGUGUGACUGGCACGGGUGGCCCUCAUCCUUGGCUGUCCUUGGGCUGCCCAGGCUUCUGGCUCUCUCCACAGCCCCAUUUCACACCUUCAGGAGCAGGCGGCUGCACUGGGGAGGUCAGGAUGCUGCAGACUGGCCUUGCCUGGCCACUGCAAGUGCCACCUCGGGUGUCCUGCAGGGAAGGGGAGCCAGGCACAGUUAGCUGAGUAGUAGGGUAGUUGGGUUGGGCGUGGCAGGAGAAGAGGGUAGCAAAUCUAGGUAGUCCUCCAACACCCCACCCUCGGGCCCCCCAGGGUUCCCAUGCCUGCCUUCCCAGACCCCCAGCGAUUAUCAGUAUUACUAGGUUGAGAAGCAGCUAUUGAACUUGAAAGCCAGGAGGCCUGCUGGCACUGCCUUUUGGACUCACUCUGCUCCCCAUCAAUGUGUUUUUCUUGUGGGGUUUCUGGGCAGAAUGGAGCUGCCGCCAUGCAGAGGAGGCAUUUGGCAGGUUUCCGUUUUGGGUUGAAUCAUUCAACUUACAACGGGAGCCUUUUAUUUUCUGCUUCCCAAGAGCCAAUAAGUAUUCCAGUCCUCUCUUCUUGCCAGUACAGACAUGAUGCCAAAAAAAUAACUUUACAUUUUUGUAUGGCGUUUUUAGUUGUGAGAUAUUUAAUGUGAAGGGGGCUCCUGCUCCCUUCUCUUCAUCCAGUGGUCUCUGCCCUGAGAUAUGAAGGGGAAAUCUCCCCCUCAAUGGGGGACUGGCCAGCCUGAGCAAUCUGGUGGGUUUUAAAGAACUGGAUUUCAGAGUGAGGGGAGAGAAGGACAGGCCGUAGCCUUGGCAGGGUCUGGCCUUCGGGGGCUCGAGCGUCCCCUCCUCUCACUGUGUCCCGAUUAGCAGAGCUGAGGGUCCCACAGCCUCUCCCAGGGCUCCUGCUUCCCGGGCACCGGUUCACUACGCCCUCAGCACAACUGGAUGAGUGUCCAGGAGCCCAGGGCUCCACCCCAGCAUAUCACAUGGUGCCGAAUUGCUUUGAACAUGUAUGUGCGUGUGUGGGUGUGCGUGCAGCCCAGCCCCAGACACGCACGCAUGCACACAGAUGUAGGUGCAGCACUGGGAGGCUGGCCAGAGCCCUGCAGCCUGCCACUCGGUCCCUCUUGUUAUUUCCACGACUCCGGGAGAAACUGUGCUGUACGAUACAGAUCUAUUUUAAUACACUUAACACUGGGUUGAACAAGAUUUUUAUAUUCUUUUAUUGAUGAACAAAGUGAGCCACGUGAGACCCACGUCUUAUAUAUUGGUUACUCUCGAUGCCAAUUAUGCAUUACUGCGAGUCUUGCGAUGUAAAUGUCUUCAGGUUCCUCUUCUAUUGGUUUGCUUUUCUUCUUGGAUGGAUUGGGUCAGAUCUUUUCAAAAUGUCAUGGGAGGAUAUGGAAGGCUGGACCCGGGAGGGGUAGCUGCCGACGUGUCUUGAGACUGUUAGUUUUUUGGGACCAAGGAGGACCGUCCAGUGGAUAGUGAGGCUAGAGAAAAAGUGUUUUGUCUUAAAUAUACCAGUGUAGUUUUCCUUCUGUACAAUGCAUUAAACUUGAUUGAUGAUUUUAAAGCCC